CUUCUCUCUCUCUCUCUCUCUCACACACACUCUCUCUCACUCUCAAACCACUUCCACGGCCUCGCUUAUCUCUCUCUCUCUCUCUCUCUAAUGGCCAGCACAAGUAGCAGAGACAGAGAGGACGCGCUCUCCUCAUUCGCCGCUCACAACCAUUCGCAAUCGUCGUCUCCGAUCACGGUCUCCGACCACCUCGCCAUCUACGCCGAGCCUUCCGGAAGCGCCCCGGGGAGCUUCCACAAUGAGGGGCUGCUCGGCGGCGGCGGCGAGGGCGGAGGCGACGCCGAGUUCGGCUUCGCUCGCCCCGAGUUCCGGCAGGCCCAGCUCGCUGGCACCGUGCAGUUCUACGAGCGCCACAUCUUCCUCUGCUACAAGAACCCUAAGGUCUGGCCGCCGAGAAUCGAGGCGGCCGAGUUCGAUCGGCUGCCGAGGUUGCUUUCCGCCGCUGUUGUGGCCAGGAAGAAUGAUAUGAGGAAAGAGACCCUCCUAACCAUCUGUGAGGGGCAUGAUGGUACAGAGACGUCCAAUGGGGAUGUGUUGAUAUUUCCAGACAUGAUAAGAUACAGGAGAUUAACCCAUUUUGACGUGGAUACAUUUGUUGAAGAAGUUCUCGUUAAAGAUGGUGAAUGGCUUCCUGGAGCACCCGAAUCCCUAAAUGGUUCUUAUGUUUUUGUAUGUUCCCAUGGAUCACGGGAUCGUCGUUGUGGAGUCUGUGGGCCUGCUCUUGUUAGUAGGUUCAGGGAAGAGAUAGAGUUGUGUGGUCUCCAUGGUAAAGUUACUGUUAGCCCUUGUUCACAUGUUGGGGGUCACAAGUAUGCUGGAAAUGUUAUAAUAUUUGGACCAGAUUUUAGUGGAGCCAUAUCGGGGCAUUGGUACGGGUAUGUGUCUCCAGAUGAUGUGCCCAUAUUGUUGGAGCAACAUAUUGAGGGAGGGAAAAUUGUAGAAUGGCUGUGGAGGGGCCAGAUGGGUUCGUCAGAAGAUGCACAGAAGACGUUACAUGAGCAAAGGUUCCAAUUAGAUGGUAACGUGACUGUGAAUAAGGGCAAAGAGCUAACAGGGACAUGGAUGGACAAGAAAAAGACUGAUGUUUUUGAAACUCCUGUUGAGGUUAUGGUUUGUUGCCAGGGAAAUGGGGACUCAUCUUGUUGUGAGCAACCUCUUUUACCAGAGAAGACAGAUGAGAGGGCUGCGAAAUUGACUUCUGGAAGGAAGAUUGGCAAAAAGCUGUUGUCCCACACAAAGAGUGGUAAAAGCGUAGGUGCACGUAAAGUCUGUUCAAUGCCAACUUGGUUAGAGAGUUGGGAGCAGGAAGAUACAUAUGCAGCACUCGCUGUUGUUUUUGCUGCAGUGUCGGUUGCUGUUGCAUAUAGCUGCUAUAAACAAUUAUGAUAGGGUGUCUACAUAAUCUUCCAUGCUUCAUGAUGAAAUGCACUGGUGGAUUUUCCCCUCCAAUAUUUAGGGGGAUCGUUUAUUUGUACAUGUCAGGAUCAUGGAAGGGCGGGCUUCAUCCUUAAUGUCCAAUGGCCUUGAUUUAUGUAUGGCCCUUUUAACCUGUUGUCCUAUAUGUCGAAUUCACAUAUUCUACCUUGUGUUUUUAGGCGUGCCCGCCCCUUCGUGUGCAGAAAGGUCUUGCUUGUUUUGGCUAGGUAGCUUUUGGCUUGUAAAUAUAACCUUUUAAAUAUGAAUAAGUGAUAUCGUGUGUUAUUACUUGG